AUGAAUUCGUAUUUCGCAAACCCGUCGCUCUCCUGCCAUUUAUCCGGUGGUCAAGAUGUUUUGCCAAGCGUGCCACUAAAUUCCACCACUUAUGACACAGUGAGACAUUUUUCGUCGUAUGGGGCUGCUGUGACCCAGAAUCGGAUAUACGCAAAUCCUUUCUAUUCUCCCCAAGACAAUGUUGUUUUUGGGCCGAGCCGGGCAUCCUAUGAGUAUGGAUCUAAUGUGUUUCUUCAAGACAAGGAUGGGGGUCUUGCCAGUUGCAGACAAACAACAAGCAUGGGACUGAAUGCACAAAACCACAUUACUCAGGAGUACAGUUUGGAUCAAGCCAGAGGUGGAUCGCAGGAGCAGAAAGCUAACGUCCAGAUAUACCCGUGGAUGCAGCGAAUGAACUCUCACAGCGGUGAGUUUAACUACAACAAAUAAAUUAAGUUAAUGAGCCAGUUUUACGAUAUGUCUUAGCAACAGAGCAACCUAGUUUUUAUGGCCCCAUAAAACAUCAUUGUAUCGUCUCGCCCUGGAGAAAGGCCUAUUUUCUGAGUGUGCAUAACUAUUCCAACAGUUUCCCCAAAUAAAUAUUUUCAACGUUUACCCCAAAUGUUUCGUUUAACCUGAAUAUUAUAUAUUUAAUUGAAACAAUUUGCAUAGGCUAUGUAUAUUUUACAAACAGACAUUGGACAUGCAGAUGGUUUGGAGAAGUUGUUUAUUGUGCGUUUCUAUCCUGAGCCGAGAUAGGCUAUAUUGUACAUUAAUUGCUCCCAUCACAUUGUCAGUACCUUUGUAAUGAUGUCUAAUCUAGAUUAUGGUAAUGAAAUCACCUGAUGUCAGAACAAUUUACAUAAUGGCUAUAUAUAGAAAUGUAAUCCAAGACUUUGUUGUGGUUUUUUUUCUCUUCACAGGAGUUGGGUAUGGGUCAGACAGACGCAGGGGACGCCAGAUAUACUCCCGUUACCAAACACUGGAACUGGAGAAGGAAUUCCAUUUCAACCGCUAUCUAACCAGACGUAGACGUAUCGAAAUAGCAAACGCUCUCUGUUUGACAGAACGUCAGAUCAAAAUUUGGUUCCAGAACCGUCGUAUGAAAUGGAAGAAAGAGAGCAAUCUAACGUCGACGGUGAGGGGAAGUGAAUCGACAGGGGCCUCGGUGGAGAAGGAACGAGACGCCAUGGAAGAGGAGAAAGAUGAGGAAAAGAAAGAGAAAUAA